AUUUGCUCAUGCAUGAAACACACAAAUGCUACGUGGUCUGACGGCGGCACUGGUUUGACAAGCCAACAUGGAGCUUGGUGUUCAGGUGGUUGUCUUGUUAACACUGAUCCUAUUUACAAUACUGUAAGCCCAUUGUAAGGUCCAGUAAUGCGCAGGCUAGUGGUGCGUCAUCACCAGGAAGAUACAGGAGUGUUUCGGCCAAAAGCAUUGCCGAUAAUGACCCCUUCAACACAUCAAUGACCUCAUUUUUUUAAAUAAAAAAUGGCUGUUGGCACGUAGAAACCACUUAUUUAAGCCAAUCAGAUUGCAGAACAGCAUAAAGCUAUUUUGGGAAAGCACAGACUAUAACCGCUACAGUGAGCCGCCCGUCUGUAACGGAAAUUUCGAGCGGUUGACCUCACGCGAUAAUGCAGAGAUAAAAGUGCACCAUAUAGACUAUACUUCAUUGGACUGUAAGUGCAUGUUGCUCUGAAGUAUGCCACAUGGUGCAAUACCAUUUCCCUUUGGGGACUGCCGCAUUUGCAAUGAUAAAGCCACAGGAGUUCAUUAUGGAGUGGCUACUUGUGAAGGGUGUAAGGGAUUCUACAAGAGAAGUAUUCCAAAGGGAGAUAAAUACAGAUGCUACUUUGGGGGAGCAUGCACCAUUUCACCACAAAAUCGGAACCGAUGUAAAGCCUGUCGCUUCCGGAAAUGUGUGGAGCAAGGAAUGGCUGUGGAGGCGGUCAAAAUGGGACGCAUUCCAAAAAUACAGAAAGAUAAAGCACUGGAAGAAGCUGCUGCUAUGAAGAAAGAGGACAUGAGUGCUGAGAGCAGUGAAACUCUUAGUGGCACUGGCAGCUGUCUGUUGAAUGAUUCUGGCUACAGUGAGUUUACAGAGCCUCACAAAAGGACUCCACAAGCACUCAAACGAAAGCACAGUUGGAGAGAUCAAGUAGAUGACGGUAGAGAUGCUGUUUCAGGCAAUGGUUAUAGUGAUAAAAUGAGGGAUGCAGCACCUGGGUCUAGCAGUGUUGAAGAGAGGACCAAUCUUGACACCUGUAAUGGUGAUUUUCGAUCAGAUGCCUUCCCUUCUCUUCAGUCAAAUCCUCCAGAGCAUGGUUGGGGAGUACCUGGGCAGUUUUCAAUGCAGCAACAUCAAAACCUACAGAGCCCAGAAAAAAGCAGAAUAUGAGAGAAGAAGUGUUCAACACCCACCAGUCAGUUUCAGAGUUGACUUUACCACAUCUAGAUGUACCAGUCAAACAGGAAUUUUCUUUUCCAUCUCAGGAAAUGCAGCCAUAUUACUGUGAAAAGCCUGGGGACAGUAUACAGAUAAAUGCAAAAAAGGAAGUUUUUGAAGAACAGGUAAUAAACAGUGUUGCUGGUUGCCAUGAUAAAUCAAGCAUUUGUGCAGCUGCAGGUAGCAGUGAGAAGAGACUGAGUAGCCCAGUUUUAAAUGAAGGUGAUGGUAGGUUUAGUCCAGGGUUUGGGGGUAAAUUACGCAACUACAGUCCUGGCUUGAUUGAAGUCCUUUUCAGUCAGAUGGUUGAGAGUGAAAACGGGAAUAUAGAGAAAGCUAAAGAAAAACUUUUAAAGAGAUUAGCAAGCACUUUACGCCAAGACAGAAACCAGCUUAGCUCUGCAACUUCCUUUCCCACCGUAAGUAGCUCAACUACUUUGCCUGAAAGUUUGCAUCUAAGAGGCAGACCUACCUCAGACUUGGAAUUUGCCUGUAAACUUCCUCACAGCAACUCCACAGAAGCCCAUAUGGGUGGUCCCAGCCUUUCCUCAAUAUCUUGCUCAGCGUCGUACACUACAUCUCAUUCUGGACAGCGAGAAUCACUCUCUGUGCAACAUGAAGAUGUGAGUGAACAUUAUGAUCAGCCAGCUGCUUACCCUGCCGAUGCCGAUACAAAAUCCUUUAGAAUCUCACAGCCAGCCACAAAUAAUUUUCAAGAGCCCAAUUUUUCUGUGAACUGCUCACAGUUUGAAAGAAGUGUUGAUUCCUCAACCACUUUAGUUCAUACUCAGAAAAAUUAUAAUUGCUUAUUUCAAGAAACCACUUCUAGGUCCCUGGACGCUACAAAUACCCAGAGCAAAAGCUGGCAUGGAAAUGAGAAGUUGCACAACACAUUUUCUCAAAACAGCAUGCAUCCAGCUGCAUCUCACUUAGAAUCUGGAAGUAUUGGUAAUCACAAUUCUUUUCCAUCUGAUAACUUGCUCAUCCAUGACAGAAAUUCAUUAGGCCAGGGAUCAGCAUUGUCAGACCAGUUGACCCACUGCCACAGGCCACAAGUUUCUGACUGCUCUGAUGUACUGUGCCCAACAAGAAACUUUGUGUCUCUACAGUCACAUUCACGGGUAUUUUCAGAAGAUUGUUUAAAUCAAUGUAAGGAUUUGUUGAGAGAUACCGAUGAAGUACUGUCCUUUGAUAGUAAUAGCUCCUUAUCAAGUGGAAAGCAGACACCUUUGCCAGAUGAAAAUUCUUGGGAAGAGACGAUGCAGUUGCUGGAAAAAAACAUUAUUUCAAAAUUUGAGCUGAUAAAGAAUCGACAAGAAGCAAGAGACAAGUACUUUAAAGAAAAUCAGUUAGGGAGAAAAAAUCCUUCACCGCUCCCACAACUGAAGGAUAUGGAUGCUUUGUGGAUGGCACUGAUGAAGUCUCUAGAAAGUCUGAAUGGAUCAAUAAUUGGGUUUUGCAAGGAAGUGCCAGGUUUUGGGGAACUUGACCAUUUUGAUCAGGAAAUCUUGCUAAAGCAUGCAUACUACGAUAUCUGGAUUCUGACACAGAGUGAAUUCUUUGUUGGUGGAGAGUCCUAUUUGCUACUAAGUGAUGGGACUUUUUACACCCGAGUUCUCAUGGAGCAGGUCGUAGGCAAAGAAAUCACUGACACUAUGCACAGAUUUGCCCAGCAGUUCAAUGCACUUGGUCUCUCACACCGUGAAAAAGCUUUGCUUUGCAGCAUUCAGCUGACAACCAUCCCUCAAAAUCACCAUGAUCUACAGAAACCUGAAGAUGUACAAAAGCUCAACUCUUUCUAUCUAGACUUGCUUGUACAUGCUGUGAACAGAAAUCAUGGGGCUUCAAGCAGUCGUGUGCUUGUAGAUAUCUUUCGCAUGGUUCCACUGCUGGCAGAAGUAAACCGGAUGCAACGUGAAAUAAUUGGGUCUUUAAAAAUUGAUAACCCAUUUUUUAAGAAAUAAGUACUGUUUCAAGAACGAGAAGGAAUUUUUUUUAAAUACUCAUCAUCACUGAAUUUUAAUAUUUGAAGGAGACUUUGCCUUUUAUAUGUUACUUUCCAGAUGUUAAACUUUCGAGGCAAAUAAUGUAAACGUGGUACAAGAUGUGAUUCCUCUGUGCAGCAAUGAAUGCCCACAGGGACUAAGAAUGAUUAUACUAAAUUUUUUGAAGUUUUUCAUGUUGGAUGCAUGUUUUAUUUAAGUGUAGAAACAGCUGAGAGUUGUUUAAAAAAAAUGCUUAAGACAUAAAGGAGUAACUAACGCAGAGCUUAUUACGGUUUUAAAAGUUUUUGUUUACCCUGGCGUUUUUUACAUGGCAAACCCCUUACAUUUCACUUCCUAUACAGUCAUUAGACUAUGGGACCUUAACAUUCAGUAUUUAUUUUACCUAACAUCUCACCUUCUGGCACACAACAAUAGAAAUGGCAGGGACGCAAAAACUGUGUGUACCAAAUUCCUCAUAAUCAUAGAUUAUUUUUUUUUAGUGAGAAGUGGAUACUUGGUCAUUUGAAUAUUUGCUUAAAAGUAGGCACCAAAUACAGAACAACAAUAUAUCAAAGCAUUCCAUUUAGUUCAGUUUCUAGAUUUCAUCUGGAAAUUUUCAGUGGUUGCCUUUGCCAAAAUCCUUUGCUUAAAAUGUUACUUGAAAAUGUGGCAUUAUGAUUGUUGCUGAUGUUUUUAUUAGCAUGUAUCUUUCUGUUCUUGAAAAGUUACUUUCUUGCUUGUGAUGUUAUCCUUAGACAUAAAACUGCUAAUCUGAUGGUAUAGUCAACUAGAUGAUAAAACCUGAAAUGUAAGGCUGCAGAUGUGUAAACUGUAUGGUGGACAAAGGGUAGGGGAAGUAAGCCAUGUUGGCAGGUUGCAAGAGGUGAUUGUGUGUGUGGCACCAUUAUGUGAUCAUUAUUAUUCACACUUUUGUGAAAAAAACAGGUUUUAAAUUGUGAUAUCGACUGUUGCUGGUUAUUCGUGGAGAUGGAGUUAAGUUUUCUUGGGUUCUUCUCUAUAAAGAGUGAAUGAGUGCUUUUUGGUAGGGGUGGAAAGCCAAAGGAAAUAAUUUUACAGCUGACACUAAGGUAGUUGAAAUCGAGAUCACGUUUCCUUUAAAUAUUCAUUUCUUCCUAUCUGCACCAGUCACUUUAUUGUUAGAUUUUUAUUUUUUGUUUUAUGUUACUGUGGCUUCUUAGUGCACUAGUGUUCUUUGCCAAGUGAUGUUCUGUUUUUAAGUGCAAUACCAUGCUGCAGAACCAUUUAUUGCUUCUUCUGUCUCUUUUACGAAUAAUGAAGGAAACUACCAUCCUUAAGAAAAAGGAAAGAAAUAUGUUUAAUUAAAUAAAUAAAAUUAAUAUGUUGCCAGCGAUAUGUGCUCAAAGCAAUUUUUUAUUUAUUCAAGUAAAGCACUAGAGCGUCACUUUCUGCUACAUUGGAAAUUCCUCAGCCUAUUGUCAUUUUCUUUUUUAACCACUAAUGUGUUCCAACAUAAUUUGUGUCACAAAUAAAUAUUGAACACAUUGAAGAUAGGAAGUAUGAGAGUGUGAAAUACUUUUUGUAGUAAGCAAACUUUUUCUCUGCAUUUCCUGUGUGUCAGUGAUUUUCUUACUCCCUCCUACCCAUGGAACACUAAUUUCAGAUUGUUACUGUUAAUUUUCAUCUAGGCAUAGACUAAUUGCUUUGUGAUUAUAUUUUUAUUAUCUUAAUGUUAAAUGUACUUCGUGCAGACAUCCACUUCAUUCUCAGUUACAGGCCUUUAUUUAUAAUUAUUUGCAUGUAUGCAUGCAAAUUGGGGGAGGGAGGGAUUUUGGAUGAUGACCCUGUGACCGAGACAUUUUUAAUGUUGAUGCAAGAUAACUGCACAACUUGUUUUGAGUAAAGUGAGUAUUUGCCCAGGUGAAAAUGUUCUAAAGUGGUUUAUUGAUUUAUGUCUUGGCAUCUUUAAAAACUCAGAUGUCUGAAGUGCAUUUAAUUAUUACAUGUUUACUGCAAACAUAAAUUGAAGCAUAAAUAUGAUAACAUGUAUAUACUUAUAAUGCUUAAUGCUUCAAGAGUUUGUUUAUUGGUUCACAACAAGCUAAUUUUUUUGUUGUUGUAAUUAUAUGCCAGGUGUGACCCAGCAGUGCAGCGUGUGAGAAUGAUGUUUGAUGACUUACACUGGCAGAUAGGAUUGAAUCAUUUGUUAUAUGUGGAGAUUUUGGGAAUAUUGUCAUGAACUAAACCCGGUUAUUUGAAAAUAAGUUUGUACUCUGGACUGUUAUUUCAAGGAUGGGAAAAAUUGUUUGAGACAACAUUAUUUAUUCCUUUGCCAUGUUGACUGCAUUGUUGUUAGCAACCAUCAUGCAUAAUCUUUUGAAUAGACAAAUUCCUUUUUUCUCAUCUUAACAAAAUGUAGGGAUGUUUUCUCCAGUUAAUCUCUUACAAACAGUUCUAAUUUUUUUUCCUUUACAUAACAUCUUUGUCUUUAUUAUUAUUAAGAACCUUGUGAGUUUUGUGGUUUAAUAUAUUAGUGAAACAAGUAUGGCUAAGAAUUUAAGCCAGUAUUAUAAAUUAAGGGGAAAUAUCUUCAAAUAUAACAAAAGAGCCACAUAUAGUUUCAUUUGUUCUUAGUUUUCAUUCAUUUGUGGAGGUAUUUUAACAUAGCUUUUGUUUCAUAGGAACAAUAUCUAAAACCAGAGUAGCUGUUGAUCAGACUUCCACUACAUUCCCAGUUGGUGUCUGGCAUGCUUUUAAAUGUCUAACCACCUUCUCCAGGACUGCUGUAGUUCUAAAAGCUGCUUGAAAGCAUCCAAAAUGUAGAGCUUCCUAAACUCUUGCAGCAAACAUUUGUCAUUAUUGAUAGGUUUUUUUUCUUUACUGCUUUGUUUACUGGAUGUAUUAUACACAUUACUUUGCAUAGAAAGGCUGUGGUUAAAACAGAGGCAUACACAUUUACCUUUUGGGUGCUGUUUGUAAUGUAGCAAGUAAUGUGGAGUGUUUGGACUAGAUUAAAAUUACUUCUGAUGGUUUACAUUCAUUUAAAAAUAUUGGAUCAUUUAAGAACAGAAUAGGUCUGUUUAUUUUUAGCAGUGCUCAGAAAUUUGGACAAAAGAGCUUUUGAAUUAGUUAAUAAAUAUCUAUCUUAUUCCUGUGUAAGGUUUACUUUGUCUUGUUUUCAAAGCAAAAUAUUUGAGCGAUCAAAUAAGGAUUACAUAAGUAUAAAAAUAAGUAUAAUACAGUAAUAGUGGAUGCAUUUUCUUGGCUUUUGUUUGCCUUUGGAUAUAAGUGGUGUCAAAAAGAAGUGAUGUGUACAUGCAAGACUAGACAGGUUGCAUGGAUUAUUCCAGUUAGUGAAGGAUCGAUGCCUCACAUUGAAUGUACAAAAUGUGUGAGAAGUCUGCUGCACUGUUGGGUUUCCUUCAUCCAACACCAGAAAACCAAUGGAGUUAUUGUGCAGCUGGGUGAUGGCAGCUCAGAAUGUUGUUUGCCUCUAAAAGGAUUUGUACUUUGCCUUCUUGAUACAAACUAUUUUAUGAAUGAAUCCCAGUGAUGUUUGGGUCACUUUUAUUUUUAUAAUGUGGAGGUGCAAACUCUGUUGCACGUCUCUGCUUCUUGCUACAAAUUUAAAAAAUGCACUGUAUGUGGUAACAUGAUGAUUCUUUUGUGUAAUAACUCUUGAAAGCACAGCACUUUAAUGAAGAGUUUUGGAUUCUUCUUGAGAUUUUGUGUUUGAUAGGAGAUAUAUUAUUUAUACCACACUUAUGCCUUUCCUAGCAGCUACUACCAUUAACAUAUUUGUCUGUUUUUCUCUCCAGUUGGAUUUUGUAGAUUUAAAAAUAAUUCCAUCUCCCCAUUCCAUCGUCUACUUCCAAUGUUAAAUCAUGCUUUUGGGACAGAAAUUAUUUGUGUUAGGUAUAUACAAUCUAUUUUAUGCAUGCACUUUUUUCUUGUAUCAACACAUGAAGAGCAGAUUCAAGAUUUAGAAACUGGAAAACCAUUUUCAGUUCUUAGCUUGAGGACAAUCAGAUGUCCAGGUAUUUAGUGAACUUAUUUGGUUUUUUUUGAGGAAACAUUAUUUUAGUCAUGUAUACAGCUGGAAGAUGCCAUCAAGAUUUAAAUAUUUCUUUUGUUUUUCGUGAAAUAGACAGGAACCAGUUCACUUGACUAGAGAUACUAGAGCAUCAUCAAUAUUGAUCAUCUCUUGACUGGUACCAGCUGAUCAGAUUAGUGCCAGUUGUUGGGUGUCCUGACUACAUGCAGCAGCUGACAAGGUGUGCCUUUUGGGCGGUCUUGUGUGGUGUUAAGUAGGUUCUGUGUGGAGUGAAACUUGUUCACUUUUGCCAUCCAUCCCCUGUCUACCUUGGCUGUGACCUUCUUCCAUGGAGCCCUAGAAAGGGGCUUUAGAGUGUUCUUGCUGGCACGGCAUAAAACACAAACUACCAACCAACCUUUAGAGUGUGGUUUAACUGUUGCCAGAAGGAAUCCUACUCCAAAAACAACAAAAUGCAAAAGAAAAAUCCUGUAAAUUUUUUAAUUAAAUUUUAUUAGAAAAAAAUGAUGGGCGAAAGAGUGGAUAACUAUUAAUGUAGCAUUAAAAUUGUUUUUCAAAUUCUCAGCAGUGUUAUAUCAUAAAUGAUCUGAAAUUGAUGAGGAUGAAAAAAAAAAAAGUACAUUUUUUAUUGUCUUUGUAGCAUAAUUACAGAGCUAGUAACUCCUUACAUUCAGCAAGAGAGAGAAAUCAUGGGAUACUACCAACAUAAGAGUAAAGUGGACAAAGAUUUGAUGAAAAAUUAAUUUAUUACAUUAAUUGUACUGUGGCCGUCUCCAAACCCCCACUCUCGUUUUUAUUGUAUGUUGCACUUUUCAUUUGAUUCGUCAUUUUAGAGCAGACCUGGGCAAAGGCCUGCCCGUGGGCCGGAUCCGGCCCACCUCCUGUCUCUGACCGGCCCACCUGCCAGUAUAUAUACUAUGUCUACAGUAUUGGGUAAAACUGAGUUAACUCUUUUAGUCCGGCCCUCUAAAACCAUCCCAAUUUCUCAUGCGGCCCCUUGGGAAAAUUAAUUGCCCACCCCUGUUUUAGAGUGUAUUACAUUUUGUGAGGCAUAACUUAAGGAUGAGGUGUUUUUAAUUUUUUAACAGCUGGAUUCCUUAUCAGGCUAUUUUGUAUAAUAUUGUUAUAUUGAAAAACAUCACUGUUAACAGGACUAAAUUCAGCUCACGAGAGGAUUUGAUGUAUAUUUAUGAAGUAAAGUGCAUAUUCAGUGUUCAGUGAUGUACCGGUGUUUUGAGCAUAUUCUAAAAUAUUAAAAGAGCUUUAGUGUCACAGUUAUUUAGUGAUGCUAUGUUUUGUUAUACAUUGUAGUUAGCAAAUACUGAUGAUGCACUGAUUGAGACAUUAUCAUUGUUACUAACCAUGGUGCAUUAUUCUUUGUGGCUUACAUCUCUGGUUGGUUUGUCUGACUCACUUGGUUUGGAUCACUUUUCCCAGCUCUUGAAAGAUGCAGAUAUGCAUUCAGUGGGAGGCAGCUAUAGAUGACUAGCACUUGCUGUAGUCACAAAACUUAGUCCUCAUGCUACAAAUUGUUGUUUUCAAAACUUAGACGGUUUAUCACCAGGUCCAGCAACAUUUAAAAAUUAUUUGAUCAUUUUGCAUGUGCCAUAGAAACUGCUUUUCCUUUAUAUGUUGUGACUUGGGUAGCAGACUUAUAGACUAAAUAUUGCUGCUUUUUAACCUGUUUUAUGCUUGACAAUGAACAAUGUUGUUGCACAUCAUUAAGACAGCAAGGAUUGCUAUGGGUUUCGCUGCUAGCCUCCUUUAGCCUUCUCUGGAUGUGGCUCUAGAUUAUAGGGCUACGCUAGCUUGCCAUAAUCAGUUGGAAACAUUUUAUGCCAAUAGCAAAUUCAUGCUUAUAUACAUACUGCAAUGAAUGUGCCAGUUUCACAUUCAUCCGUCACUUUUUUUGUGUGCAAAAGAUGCAAGAUGUUUGGUGGGGAUGCUCAAUUCCAUUACAGAGAAAUGUUAUUAACAUAGAUUUUCUCAGGAAAGGGAAAUUGUUAUGUAGAUUGUUGAAGUGCAGUAUUGUGUGUGAGCGUUUAUCUGGCUAAAGAAGCUCUUUGUACAGUGGAAGGCAUGCCGUCGAAGUUUGUGAUAAAUAUUGCUUGGUAGAACUAGAAGGGACCAUGUCUCUUUUAUCAGUGGUUGAAACAAGAAAAAAAUUUAAAGUGCAAAAUUUUGAUGUUGUGGAGUUAUCAUGUCAAGCUGAUGACUUGAUAAAUUAAAAAUUUUGGUAAGAUUUACAAUAGGGGCUGCUACAUGGAUUUGAGCGGCCCUAAGCUCCUCGAGGAGUACCAAGGAAUAAACUACAUGGAUUUGAGCGGUCCUAUGCUCCUCAAAGAGUAACAAAGAAUAAACUAAAAACAUGGAUUUCAUGAAAAUAAUAGUAACAGAUGCUAAUUUAUCUGUUUAAUGCCUAUUAAACAUGCCAUGAGGGCACUUUUUCAAAUUAAAAGAUCAUUUGAUGCCCUUGAUAUUUGUGUGAUAACUGUAAUAAAAUUAUUCCAAGAA